CGUUGGGUGACUGGCAGUUACUCUUCCCGCCACUAGAUGGAAGUGACGUACCGUCAAAAUGUUCAGCAGAGUUGUCGGUGCCCAAAGUGAAGGUCUCACUGGUGUGUACAGAGGACUCAAAGGUCGGGCAGAUAAGCAUCGAUUGGGCCUCACAAAAAGCGACACACCUUGUGAACAUGAGCAGCCGAACAUCAGAGCAGCACUUCACAGGCCCUCCUCCACCCUGUUCUCUCAAGGCCCUUGAAAAGCAGUUACCAGCAAAAGUCCUGUGAAAAGCAGAUACCACCAGUGAUUCAUCCAAGGCUACGGUGCAGCAGGAUGCAGGGCGUACUUCCUGUGUGUGGACUGCAGCCCCUGCUGGCCCUCCUUCUGCUUCAAACUGUGGGCUGCGGCAUAACCAGUGCCGACAUGGUGGUGAAUAUGCGGAAGGUGACCCAUCAGACCAUUAGCGAGGAGCUGUCCAAAACCGUUCUCCUCCCCUGCCUCUUCACCCUCCGCCCUGGUGCUGGUUCAUCCCAUGAGCCCCCCAGGAUCAAGUGGACCAAGGUUUGGGGCCAGAGAGGCUCAGAUGGCCUGCAGAAGGAACAGUCGGUCCUGGUGGCCAAAGACAAUGUGGUCAAGGUGAAGAAGGCCUUUCAGGGUCGUGUAACACUGCCUGGUUACAAUGAGAACCGCUACAAUGCCAGCCUUGCUCUGACUGGGCUACGCUCUAGCGACUCCGGUCUGUACCGCUGUGAGGUCGUGGUUGGCAUCAAUGACGAGCAGGACACAGUUCCCCUGGAGGUCACAGGUGUGGUAUUUCACUACCGAGCCCCUCACGACCGCUACGCCCUGUCCUUCAGUGACGCAAAGAGGGUGUGCUUGGAGAACUCAGCAGUCAUCGCAACACCGGGUCAGCUGCAGGCCACCUUCGCUGAUGGCUAUGACAACUGUGAUGCUGGAUGGCUGUCAGACCAGACCGUAAGGUAUCCCAUUCAGUCACCCCGGCCUGGUUGCUAUGGUGAUCGCGAGGACUCACCUGGAGUCCGUAACUACGGCAAGAGGUUACCUGAUGAGCUGUUUGAUGUCUACUGCUUUGCUAAGCAGCUUCAAGGCGAAGUCUUCCAUUCCACAGUGCCGGAGAGGCUGAGCCUGGCCACAGCCUCCACCCACUGCCAUUCUCUAGGAGCCCAGCUGACUACUGUCGGCCAGCUCUACUUGGCCUGGCAGGCCGGACUGGACCAGUGUGACCCUGGCUGGCUGGCUGAUGGCAGCGUCCGCUACCCCAUCAACGUCCCGAGGAAGAACUGCGGCGGAGACGAGCCCGGGGUGCGGACAGUCUACAACAACCCAAACCGUACAGGAUUCCCAGACACCACAGCCCUGUUCGACGCCUUCUGCUACCGAGCUUACCAGCCAGCGGGGGUCCAGGCUUCAGAGGCACAGGCUUUAUACCAGACUGCCAACCCAGCAGCUGAGGCCGCCUCCACAGUCACUGAAGCCCAGCGCAGUGCCCCUUUUUCCAAGACUUCCACCUGGACUGGACUGGUCAACUUGGACAAAGCGGGGGUCCGCUCCAUUGCUGGAAUCAACAACUCCUCUGAGAUCUCUGAGGAGCAUGUAGUCAUCCACUUGAGGCCAGAGGAGGGUUGGGAUGAAAAACAGGACAGAACCAGCCAACCCAGCCAGGAGGACUCUGACGACCCAAAAAGCAGUAACACUCUGGGCCUGUCUGACCUCGAGAGCCUGGAGAGCCAUGGAGGCUCUGCCCAUGAGGAAGAGGAUGGUGGCUAUUUUGGAUCAUCGCACACCCCGACGUUAUCAUCUGUAGCUUCCUCCACUCCUCAGUCUCAGACCAGUAAUAGUGUAUUAGCUGAGUUUGUUAACACUCUGAUGAGGCCCUUUAGGUACUGGUCUGGAGGCGAGGAGGUGGACGAGACAGAAAAAGGCCUUUCGGUGCCUGAGGAAAAGGCAGGAGAAAACCAGACACUGGGAGAAGCAUCCAGCAGAACCCUGAGUAUACCAAAAGCCAGUGGAAACAAGGGCAGCAUGGACAAUGCCAUCAUGGAUCACAGGAGUGGUGCUUUUUCCUUCAGGGCUCCUACAAGUGGACUACAGAGUCAAGAGGAAGGUCUGUCUGAGAAGGAGAAAGAGGUGAUGCCAUUGAUUCGAUUAGUGCCUGCAGUCCAAAACACAGGGCAAAGUGUCACCACCACACAACCAGGAGAACCAGUCUCCAGCAUGUCUACUGACAGCCCUCCAUCCACUGUUAACGGACACACGGCAUCAGGUCCCAAUGAGAGAUCAGCACCCAGUGGACACAUCAACAUAUCCGGCCCUAAGGGUCCCAGAGGAGGCCCGGCUUUUGCUCCCGCCCCCAGCAGUCCGUUUCGGUGGGCCAUCAAGUCCAUGCGUGGCUCCAAACCAGGCCCCUCUGGAAAUGUGGUCUAUGUUGGUAAACGGCCGACCUGGGAGCCCAUGGAAGCCAAAUCAGGGCCCCUUGGGGUAAUGACCCUGCCCACCUCUCUUCGACAGGACAACCCGGAAAACUAUUCAGGCGAGGGGAGGGACCAGGAUGGGGAAGAGGCUAAUACUCCUUCAGCUGCCAGAACUGCGUCAGGAGAGGAGAGGGAGAUAGAGGGGAGCGGAGAAGAGAGCAACUUUCCUGGUGGCUUUGGAUUGAAUGUGAACACCAAUGACUUGCCCAGCAGUAAAGUCAGUCUAGAAACAGAGUCUUCACUCAGACAAGGCCAGAGUGAGCUUGUGACUGUGGCGGAGCACACUACUCUGUCCCAGUGGCAGCUAGUGGAGCAGCCCGCCACCACUCCACCUCUGGGCUCCCAGGGGCCAGAGACAGCUGAGGAGGCCAGAGGGGAGAUCCUCUAUGUCCGCCGGCCUACUGACAACCUCGCCUCUGCUUCUUCACGUAGAGGAGAAAGUAGUUCAAAUUCAGGUUUCACUCCUGUUUUCAGGAAGCACAGCAAAGACACAGGCAGAGACCCCAGUCAUGGUGAAGCCAAGGUGGUGACUUCUACACCAGAGGCCUUGAUGGAGUUGCUGACAACCUCUGAAGUGAGCACAGCAGGGCUUCUGACAACCAGAGACACACAGAGGACAGAUCCUACCACUACAGCAGCCACCACAGAAAUAUCCUCCGACAGCUCCUCCACCAAGGAGUUGUCUAUUUCCGUUUCAUGGGUUCAGGGAGAGACGGAGAAAACAACAAGCGCACCCAACCAGCAGGGCAGCUUCUCAGCCACUUCAGCAUCCAGCGAAGGAUCUCAAACAAGUACAGGCGUCAUUCAGUUGACCACCGUCACAUCGGACUCCAAAGUCAGCGCCACAGAAAUGGAAUCCAGGUCUGCAGUGUCUGAGUCAUUUGUGUUGGGAAGUCGUUGGACACCUUUCAAAGGUGUGAGUCCAAAGUCUGAGGACCACAAAGCCCCGGUGACGAAAGACAGCAAAGACUCAAACAACCCUUUCGGCAUCCUCGUACCCAACUGGGCCUUUGGGCUCAUCCCAUCAGUGGAGAAUAACCCGUGCCAGACUAACCCCUGUCUCCACGGAGGGAGCUGCCUGCAGGAGGGUGAUGGCUAUAGCUGCUACUGUCCUCAGGGCUUCUCUGGAGAGAGCUGCGAGAUUGCAGGACUCUGCUGGAGACUGGAUACAAUCUCACUGCACACAAAGCCAAGUGGAGCUUUCCUGUCAGGUCCAGAGGUUUUGGAUCAAGCUCCCUGACUGAAAGUGAAUGGAGAAUAUCCAUAUGCUACAAGUCAGCCAGCUGUGACAGAGACUGCUCAAUGUGGGCUAUAUGUGCUCAACUAUGUGUGUGUGUCUGUCUUUCUGUGUGUGUUUUCACCUUCUGCCCCAAGAGUAGUAGGCAGCUCAUCUUUCCACUCAGCUGUGUGAUGGGAGAGUAUGGCUGUCAGAAAAUUGCUGUGCGAUGUUUAAGGUGUAUGAGUGUGCGUGUGUGUGUGUGUGUUUGUGUGUGUAUGUGCGUGACAGAGACAUGCAAGGACACACAGGCCACAGAGGAGCUAUGAGCUCAGUGAUGGGUGGAGUAGCUGAUUAAAGUGCUGGAGCAGCAGCACAUGUUCCUGCGGAAGAGAGAGGACAGGGAAAAUAAAGAAAGGAAGAGGUAGAUGUGGCAUUGGCCGAAAACAUCAAAGUGACUUUCUUACUUUGAAUGACACCUCUAGAAAUACACCAGCAUGAACUCCACACGGUUCGAUUGAGCUUUAACACAUCGGCACAGAGUUGAUGUAGACGGCAUCGAGUCUGGCAAAUAGAUUCUGGGUCUUGGCCAAAUAACUGGGGUUGAACUAUUGUAAAUAUUAGAUUACGUACAGAAGCUGCGCUGUUUAGUAAUGUAAUGUGGGCAUUUAAAAAACACUGUUUCAAUACUUGUCUUUAUUUCUGCAGUUGCCUUUUUUUUCCCCACAGCUUGUUUUCAGCUCCAUUUGCUGUAUAAAAGGCCUUGGAGUAAAUCUAAGGACAUCUGAUUUAAUAUGUGAUGUUUAUCUGAAUGAAAUCACUUUAAGAAGCGAGUGUAAACAGUUAUUAGACAAGAUGCGCCAUCAAUGUUACUUUUCCUGAAGCUCAUAAAUUAGAAAAGAACACAUUGAAUCCUGUUUUAGUCCUUUUUUCGUGUGUGUUUUUAUCUCUGCGUGUUACAUAUUCAUGCAUACACAGACAAUAGGCCGAGGUUUUAAGGUCAUAAAUUAUGGAAAAGGGGUCAUAGAUCAGGGGGCAAGGGUCAUGAGAGGCAUAUUGUCCUGGGUCUGAUUAUCAAUAAUCUUUAAUGCUUAUACUCUAAAGCACAUAUUAUGCAACAUUUAGGUGUGCUUGUGCAUUAACACCAUCGGAGAUCAAUCAACAAUCAAUAAUUUGUGACAAACACAUGUUAACUGCAUGAAUUACACACAUGUACUUUGUAAUUUGGUUUGAUUUGGCGGCGAGUGAGAAGAAACAUAGCGGUUUUUGUAGGCAGAUGGAAUAAAUUAUUACAUUUUAGCCUGAACGUUAGGAGAAAAGCGCAUUCAUAAAAUAUUUGUUAUUUACUGAUUAGUUCUGUGCCUGCGUGUCUUUCCUCUCAGGAGUGUUUAAACGCCUUUCCCAGUGUUACAAAAGUGUUGUGAUGUUGAUUAUGUUGCUAAACAGCUGCAUAUCUGAUGUUUUAAUAUUAAUUACAGCCAAAGGCAAAAAGGUUAAUUGCCUAUAACAGCAAAAGUUGACCACAAUUUUACCAACGUUGCUGUUCUAAAGGAGCUACUGCAGGCGGUGAGAAAAGUGUGCCUUACUUUGUGUCUUGCAUUUCCUUCAGUUCAUCAUUCAUAGUUGACCGGAUCAUUGAGAUUUAGAUGCAGCUCCAUUAUAUUUAGAAAAGCAUAUAAACCAAUAUACUCUGCGCUGAAAUGAUUAUUGAGGUAAAAUGAGGCAGUGGCACAACAGCUGAAACACACCUUAGAGGCUGUCUCCAGGACUUGGCAUGUAGCUGCAAUUAUUUGGGAAGAAGCAUUUUGAGGAGCUGCAUUAUUGAUGGCCUGUGUUUCUACUGUUGGUCUGCAGUUAAUAUUUAUGAGGGUAGGGGUGAGAGAGAGAGAGAGAGAGAGACAGAGAGAGAGAGGCGCUGCUAUGGACAUCUCAGUGUUAGCAUUCCAGCUCUGCUAGAUCUUGAGACACCCCUUUCCUCAUCUGUAUUCCAAAGUGAAGAACUUUAUCUAAACUGAUUUGAGACUGUCAGUAAAGACAUAUGCACAAUAAUGUCUAACACCCCCAAAACUGUAAUCUAUAAGUUAUGGUAUCCCAUUCAUCAUCAGGACCAGUAAAGCCUGGAUCCUGCAGCAGAUGAAGUGAUUAACGAGGCACAUCAUCACAGUCAGUCAGUUUGAUGACCAUGUGCUGAGAUACAAUAAUGAAUUAAAGUUAUUUUCUACAGCUGAGAUGAAUGUUUGUUCACAGAUACAAGAGAUUAAAAUAUAUCCCAAGACAAAUGCACCUUGGGGAUUUUGCUGUUCUACUGAUUAUGUCCACAUAAAAUAGUCAGAUAUCUCAGUCUUAAUGUUUCUAAUCCUACUUGUUGUUUGCACAACUGCUGUUGACAAGCGAGAAGUGACAUACAAGUUUGUUUUGCUGCUCUGAAAAAGUAUCAAAAAGAUCAUUGUACAUCAAAGGAAAUUCAAUAAAUCCACUCCAAUAGUCCUCAAGGCUCGCUGGUCUUGGACUGGACUGAAGAUCAGUCAGCACAAACAAAAACGAAAGCAGUGCAAUAGAAUCUAAAUAACACUCAAAAUCCAUAAGUAUCGACAGAUUUUAUACAUUCUACAAAAUAACCCCAGAUGAAAUAACCAACUUUCAAAAGCAACUCAAACAUUGUUCCUUAAAAGUUUCAAGAGUGAAUGAAUAACACCAAUUUCUUAAGUCAUUUUGUGUGUUCUUUUUUGUUUUUUGUUUUUUUUUUUUGCUUUUUGCAUGUCAUUCCACUUCAUUUAGGUUGUAAAUUCAUUCUCCAAAAACAACCUUACGUUACGUUUGAGUGACCGCAUUUCAGAUUACAUCGAUAUAAUGUGACUUCCUUUUCUUUUAUAAGAUGAUUUUGGCUGAGUAGGAGGGUGGAUGGCUAGAUAGUUUGGUUAAAAGCAGGAGGAGAGCACAGUUUGAAACCACUAAGUGGACAUUUUUACUGUCACGUCGGGUAUUUUACUGCUGUUAAACCAGACAUUUUUACCGUCACGUCAGGACAUUUUUACCGCAUUUUACCAAUCAUUUUGACCGUGACUAUGAUCUUCCCCUAACCCUAUAACCCUAAUCCUAGGUGGUUUUUGUGCCUAAACCUAACCAACUGCAUUAAAUGACAUAUGAAAUCUCCUUAAAGGUGGUGAGCUAUUUAUACGCCAUCCCAUGAGAUCACAGUAUGUAAUCAGUACCAGGGAUGUGGUGUUGAGCAUGCUGGCUCACUUGUGCACCUAAAUUUAAAAGGCAUUGUUAAAAUGAUUCAUUACACCUGUGUUUUUCCUGCUGUGAUGGUCACAAUGUCUGCCGUGAGAAAGGCUUGGUGUUAACAUUUAUGUCAAGUUGGAGAAGAGGUGCUCAGAAUCAUUGAAAGUUAAGAUAUCUAUAGUUCAGUGGCAACUGAGAAAACUCAAUCUAAUGAUAAGUGCUGUGUGAUACUGUAUGGUCAAAAGCUCCAGAAAAAUCAAGUGGACUCUUUAUAUAAAGGUGUUAGAAUUGUGUUUAAGUGCAAUAUUUUUAGCUCUUUAAAUGAAAAAAUCCACGGAUGGAGCAAUGAGGUCACCAGCAUUGAGUGAUUUGUUUUAAAGGUUAAGAUACAUCCUUGUGUUUUCCAUUUAUAUUGUGUCUGUCUUGUUGGUUUUUUUUCCUUUCUGGAUCCUGAAAGUAAAAUCUCAUUCCCUUUGACAGCAGCAGCUAUUUCUGUUCAGUUCAAAUGUGGUUUGUUUUGGAGGGAAUGCAUUAACCUGUCGCAAUCUAU